UUAUCUUAUAUUAUGUAAACGUAAGUUAUAUAACGUGCUUUACUUCAGCCGUAUUCGGAUUGUAAUAACAGAUCAUGAAUUUGAUUUGGAUAUGACCUGUCAGUGUCAAAAGUGACACUUCUUCAAACGUCACUUUAUAUCCAAUUCAUAAUGGAUCUCCGGUUAAACUACAAAAUGGCGAAAGUGUCUCGAUAUUUUUUUUCUUAUUAAUGUUGUUUAAAGUGUAAUACUGAAAGCUUAUUAUGAAGUAAACUGAUGUUGAAGUGUGCAGCUAAUGAAUCAUUAAUCAUGAAACGCGUUUAACUAUUAUUUAGUCAAUACCCGGCAAUCCAUUGUGGCUAUUUGUAAAGUCCAGCUAUCACUUUACUUAGGAGCAAACAUCGUACAACGUCAUGCUCUACGACUUCUACGAAAACACUUUUGAUAUAAGCGAAAUCGAAAAUUUGAUCUUCCAACCUUGACACUGGCAAAAUUGCCUUAGCCAUUAUUAAAAAAAAACUGAACUGAACAUUGGUUCAAAGGAAUAGGUGGUAGGAAUUGUCCUAACAUGUUAAAACAGUCAGAAUAGUGACGCCUUCUAAUCUCCUUUCAUUUUAUAGGUUUGCUACCAAUGAAAGCCAGCAUUGUAUCUUCUUAUUAUAAUAUUGAUCAUUAUUUGACUUAUAGUAGAUAUUACACCUAAAAACCUUGAUGUUACACUUUAGAACAUGUACCUAGUUACCUACAUACAUAUUAUAAGUAUUAUGCAUUUCCUAGUUUACUGUAAAGAACAGUAAAAUACCUUUCAUCCCUUGUGCGAGCAAAUUGAAAGCAAUGAAGUCAAAACCGUAAGUUCUCAAUCAUUCAAGUUAACGACAGUAGAGCAGAGGGUCGGUGUAGAGCGUAGAAGAAACCUUUGGACCUGGCAUGUUUUUAUUUCACUAAGGAAUGUACAAUUGUACAGGUUUACGUACAUUUUGUAUCUAGACUCAUAAUUAUGUUCAUUAUUACAUGAAUUCUUAAAAUCACAUGGCUUUAAUUCACAGGUGUCUUAGCUUAUCAAUUUGCUUGACAUUAUAGGUAUAAAAUGGAAAUUUUAGUAGAUUAGUUUUAUUUUAAUCGUUUACAAAAGAUAUCCUUUCAAGAGGAGUAUUUUUUGUAAACUUUUCUUGGUUUUCAAUGACAGGUGGAUAAUUUGCCGUCAUUUUCGUUUAAGGGUGUGACUACGUAGGUAAAAAUAACAUAUAAAUUAGUUUAAAUAAUAUUGUAUACUAAAGCUCAAGUAAGUUUUGGCAUAUUUAAUAUUUAAGUACCUUAUAGAUAAAUUGCAGCGCUAACUCAUCCGAUUUAUUUCGAACAUGUGCAAGAUUCACAGGGCAACAACUUAAUAAUAUAAAAGCGAGCGAAAUUGUCGACUCGUUCGACUAAUGGCAGGCCCUAAACUAUUUAUUCUGUCUCGAUUAAUGGUUAGUUUUUCUUGGUUUACAACUGUAUACAAUAUUGUUUUACUUAUGUACUUGGAUAAAUAGGUUUAAGUACUCAAAAAAAUACACAUGAUCAAAAAGUGAUCGGUUACGAUUGUAUUAAUUGACGUAAAGUGAAGAAUAUUAGACAUUUUACAUAAACACGCUAUGCAAAAAACAAAUUACACCUAAUAAAUCAUCACACAUCCACGUCUACGCUGCAUCAGUAAAAGUGACCUUUGGAUUUCAACUGCAGCUGCAUUACUGUUGCGACAUUACUGCGGCGGCGAUGAUGCCGCUACUGGAUCUGACAAUUUCCCUAAUAAAUUGGGUGACGUUCGAAUGCCGUUCAUAUUAAUUCAAUCAAAUAAAUUAUGACGUCAUUCCCUCGCUCAUUUUAUCAAGCCAGAAUAAAUAGGUUUAAUAUUUUCGUCGCAAAAUACGAUCAACAUUCGAAGUUUUCUUUGAGACCUUUCAUAAGUUUUUUUAUAUAAGUAUGCAAUAAAAGAAAUGUCUUUCAAAUUCUAUCAAAAUGUCAAGUGCAGUAUUGUUCAAUAGCCACCUUUGUUUACCGCAAUAAAUGCCACGCAAAACCGAUAGUUGUGCAUAGUCUAAUAAGGUUCAUUUUGUAUAAACACGUCAUGUAAAGGCUUUGUGACUCGUGGUCAGUUGACGUCAUUUGUAUGUGAUUUUCGACAGGCUUUGACUAUUUACAAGGCAUUUACAUUAACGUUACUGUAUUCAAACAUUGUAAUAAUUUGUACAUAAUUAUUAGUAAAUCAGUGUAUUUGUACGUGUACCUAUGUUAUAACUAUUUUAAAUUUGUGACCGACAUCGGCAAAAUGUCACACUUUGUCGCUUACCAUAGGGACGAGAUUUGCUUGUAUCUUUAUACGAAUAACCUGUUAAGGCAUCCUAAUAGCAAGCGACAAAGUGGGCAUUUUGCCGGUUUCGUAACAUUUUAUCUACUAAUGGUAGUACAUAUAUCUACUAAGUAACACACUCUUGUAAUAUAUAAUGUCGUAUUGUUUAAUACAAACCAAGAAUAUGACUCUGCAUAAUAUUUUAUUAUUUAGAAGAAAUACACGUAAAUAAUCAGAUAUUAUACGAUACCUCGUACGUGCGUUUGUUUAAUAAUUGGGCAUUAAACAUAAAGGCCUUAACAAGAAAGCAUAUAGGUAUUUUCAACAUGCCAGGUCCAACUUAUCGUCAAACCCACCGCAACACUAGUACAGACCGCGUGCGACGAACCAAUUAACUCAUUAAAAUUACAAAAUGCCCUCCAAAACUGUAGUAGCUUCACAAUCAAAAAUUAAUCUUGUGAAACUUUAUAAAUCAAUAUUAAUUCUGCUUCUCAUAUGUGGAUUUGAUUUCAAUGUAUGGAAAUUCAAAUUACUUUUGAAAAUAUGUAUGACGUUAUAUUGUAUCUUUCUAAUAACUGUUAACAUAAUCACUAAUUUCACUUGUUGCCCAGGACAAGAGUUACCUGUGGCCUGGUCUGUUGUGGAGUACACAGCUACGGUGAUACUGACCUUGGUUUUUAAGAAUCAAAUCGCCAAUUACUUUGAAAAAUUAACUGACCUCGAUAUAUACUUAAAAAUCGGUAAUAAAUACUACAUAAACUCCAAAACGAAAAUGUUCUAUUACACAUUUGUACUUUGGUUAAUUAGAUUUAUUUAUACUAUCUUGUAUUGGAUCUGGUUCCCCUAUUACGAAAAUGUGACUUUGUUUGUGAUCAGCCAGUUUUCAUUGAUUGCUCUUGAUUUAAAUAGAGUGUGGAGAUUUGUGUUAUUUGAUAUGACGCGUUACCGAUUGAAAAAGCUCCGCCGUCGCGUAGAAGAGCUGAACAAUUUUAAUUUCUUUUGUUACGUGAGCAAUUUUAAAACAUUAAAGCAGUCGAGAAUACGUUUUUGUUUAUAUUUGUACAAAAACCUAGCCGAUGCAGUUGAUGUAAUAAUGCCAGAACUACACGCGUCACUCUUCAUCAGUAUGGUGUGCACAUUGCCAAAACUGAUAUUGAACGCUUAUCACAUCUUGCUGGUAAUUGAAAAUUUGGAGCCAUACUCGACCGCGGGGUUCGCGGCGCUGCACGUGACGCAGGUGACGCUGUUCAUCUUCGCCCCCUGCGUGGUGGUGGAGCUGUACGCGGUGGAGGUGGAGCGCAUGCAGCUGCUGCUUGUGCACAAGUUACUCGAUGAUCCUGAUGAGACGGUGAAAGAAGACGUGAAUUUAUUCCUACGUUACACUGAAGUUCGUCCGUUCCGGUUCUAUUUGUGGCGCGUGGUUCCCGUCUCCAUCAUGCUGCCGCUGGAGCUGCUCAGCUUGUGUACUACUUACGUCAUAGUCCUUAUCAACUUUACUCAUCUUUAUGGUUAAAAUAUAGGUACAUAUAUA